UAGAAGUUGGUUAAGACCAACAAUGUACAAGCAUCACAUGAUUUAAUUAUGCCUGAAUGGCAGAAGCAUGAGAAAGAAGAACAUACCAGAAGAUUUGCGUUUGCAAAUAACCGUGUUCCUGGUCUCCUUACCUUGCUUCUCACUAGACAAGCUGCCUCUUAGGUGACAGAAUAUAUGCGUGAGGCCAUCACGUAAGUUUUCUGUCUUGCGCAGUCAGUCACAUGAUUAUCGGAUACAGGUUGGCGCUACUUAUCUUAUCAGCUCUAGCGUCUCUCAAUGACGGAUGAUCGAACUUGCGAGAAUAUGCUCCAUUCGCCUUGAAGCGUGUAGCCGAGUUUCGUGUCGUAGAUAAUAAAAGGUCUCCCGCAUGUCGAAGAAAUCCACGAUCUUGUCCUCGUUUUCUUUCCUUUAGACGUUCUUUACAUGCCUUCUAUCACAGUGCCCAACAUGCAAGCACGCAAGCAAAUAAUCACAUCAACACAGCGCAUGGCUGCUAGUGCCCGGACCCGAUCCGUCCAACCACUUACACGGGUGCUUGCCACCCAACCUUUGAGACCAACUUCUCUACGAUUGAUUCCAAGUCUUGCUAUCAGGUCAUAUGCCAAUGGCCGUCCACAUCCUCCUGGUGGCACUCACCGGAUGAAUAUGGGUGGCGAAGAAGAGAAGCCUGCUCUAGAACAAUUUGGUAUCGACUUGACUGCCCGAGCCAAGGAUGGAAAGCUGGAUCCAGUUAUUGGAAGAGACGCAGAGAUUCAGCGAACCAUUCAAAUCUUGUCAAGGCGAACCAAGAAUAAUCCAGUCCUGAUCGGUAACGCAGGUACUGGAAAGACAGCAAUUCUUGAGGGUCUUGCCCUCCGUAUCGUCCGAGGUGACGUCCCUGAGAGUAUCAAGAACAAGAGGGUCAUCAGCCUUGACCUUGGCUCUCUCAUUGCCGGCGCUAAGUUCAGAGGAGACUUUGAAGAGAGGUUAAAGAAGGUCUUGACAGAGGUGGAACAAGCUCAAGGAGAAGUUAUUCUUUUUAUUGAUGAAUUGCACACACUCCUCGGACUUGGGAAGGCUGAAGGGUCUAUUGAUGCAUCAAAUCUCCUGAAGCCUGCUUUGGCCCGUGGCGAACUUCAAUGCUGUGGUGCAACAACUCUCAACGAAUAUCGUCAAAUCGAGAAGGACGUUGCGCUGGCUCGACGAUUCCAACCUAUCAUUGUUAGCGAGCCCUCUGUGGAGGAUACAAUCAGUAUUCUCCGAGGUAUCAAAGACAAGUACGAAGUUCACCAUGGUGUCCGCAUUACAGAUGGCGCUUUGGUGGCUGCUGCUACAUUGUCCAACCGCUACAUUACCGAUCGAUUUUUACCAGAUAAGGCUAUUGACCUCAUGGAUGAAGCAGCCAGCCAUCUCAAGCUGCAGCAUGAGUCCAAGCCUGAGGAUAUAAUGCGCCUUGACCACAAGAUCAUGACCAUCCAGAUUGAACUUGAGAGUUUGAGGAAGGAGUCAGAUAUCGCUAGCAAGGAGCGGCGUGAGAAACUUGAAAGUGACCUCAAGAAACUCAACGAGGAAAUUUCUGAGCUCAAUGCGCGCUGGGAGAAGGAGCGUGCUGAGAUCGAAUCAGUCAAGAAGAUCCAAGAAGACCUUGACAAAGCCAAGUUCGAGCUUGAGCAGGCACAGAGAGAAGGGAACUUUGGUCGUGCCUCUGAGCUCAGGUUUGGUGUUAUUCCCAACCUCGAGAAGAAGUUGCCCAAGGAAGGAGAGGCCAAAGAAGCAAAGUCCAGCGAUACUCUGAUCCACGACUCUGUCAGUCCCGACGAUAUCGCCAAUGUCGUCUCCCGCAUCACAGGCAUCCCUGUGUCGAAGCUGACUUCCGGACACAUAGAGAAAUUGGUUCAUAUGGAAGAUUCCCUCCGCGAAGCAGUCAAGGGCCAAGAUGAAGCCAUCAAGGCAGUUUCUAAUGCCGUCCGUCUCCAACGAGCUGGCUUGAGUGGCGAGAACAAACCACUGGCUUCCUUCUUCUUCCUGGGCCCUACUGGUGUGGGUAAGACAGAGCUGUGCAAGAAAUUGGCGGGUUUUCUGUUCUCGACUGAAUCUGCUGUUGUUCGCUUUGACAUGUCAGAAUUCCAAGAAAAGCACACCAUUUCUCGACUUAUUGGUGCACCGUCCGGUUACGUCGGCUAUGAGGACGCUGGCCAACUGACCGAAGCUGUCCGCCGUAAGCCAUAUGCUGUGCUUCUCUUUGACGAGUUUGAAAAGGCACACCGCGAUAUCUCCGCUCUCCUCCUCCAGGUCCUUGAUGAGGGCUACCUCACCGAUGCCCAAGGUCACAAGGUUGAUUUCAAGAACACCAUUAUCGUUCUGACAUCGAACUUGGGCGCUGAUAUCCUUGUUGGCCAAAACCACCUUCACCCCUAUACUGAGACACCCGAUGGCGAGAUGGACCCAUCAGUCCGUAAGGCUGUCAUGGAUGUUGUCGCCUCGGCUUACCCACCCGAAUUCCUUAACCGUAUCGACUCUUUCAUUAUCUUCAAGCGUCUCGCCCGCAGCGCUAUCCGUGAUAUUGUCGACAUUCGCCUUAAGGAGCUCCAGCAGCGUCUUGACGACCGCCGCAUUAUCCUUUCGGUUCCCGGCGAUGUCAGAGACUGGCUUGCGGAGCGUGGUUACGACCCGAAGUUCGGUGCUCGCCCCCUGAACCGACUCAUUACCAAUGAGAUUGGCAACGGCCUUGCAGACCAGAUCAUCAAAGGGCAGCUGAAAAUGGGCGAGACUGCUGAGGUUAAGAUCCGUGACGACAAGGAGGGCUUAGAUAUCAUCAUCAAGUCCAAGGAUGCUUAAAUGACCUGACUAUGAAGGACUAUCCGGGAUUCUUUUAAUGACUUAAUGUGUUUCAUGUCUAAUUUGUACCGUUUGUAUAACAAAAGCGUAUAUAGCAUCAUAGAAUGUAACUAAACACCAAAUAAUGCAUAACCACUCAAUUGAGACCAACCCAUAUCAAAACGCACUG